UAAGUUUCUUCAACUUUUAUUAAAAAUGAUGUGGCCAUGGAUUUUUAUUGGCCUUACCUUCAUCUCCAAGCUGCAUGGGUAUUCACAUGGCAACUUCCCACAGGUGUGUGAGUCAAUGAGACCUCAUCAUGGUCGUGGUGGGGCAGAGAGUCUUCCUCAGACAUCUGAAUCCCCCUUCAUGGUUAGUUACCAGCUCGGCAGGAACGCUGGAGACCCAAUCACAGUUUCCCUAGAGAGCAAGAACAGUGUCAGUUUUAUGGGAUUCAUGCUGGAAGCUCGUAGCCUGAGUUUAAAUGGUGACGGUCCCCCACUUGGGAAAUUUAUCAUUCUUGACUCUAGCCUGUCGAGACUCCUGAAAUGUGGUUCACAGGACUCAGCUGUGAGUAAUACACUCAAUCUGGACAAAAGUUUAGUCAAAGUAAACUGGACCGCAAACGGAGAAGAGCAAGACAUCAUCUUCAGGGCUACUUUCAGUCAAACGUACUCAAAGUACUGGGAACGUGUGAAUGUAACAGUACUCAGACCCACAAGCACUACAGAACCAGAAACAACAACUGCAGCAAAAACAACUGUAGCAAAAACAACAACUCCAGCAACCACACCAGCUGGAGCAGCUACAACAACUGGAGCAACAACUACAACCCAAAUACCUACAACAAAAGAGGCAAUCACAACAGUGCCGAGUAAUAAAACCCAUACACAGAAUACAACAAAUGAGACAGUAAUUCUACUGAUUUGCUUGGAAAUUCCUCUAGCUGAGAUGAGCAUGCAAAUACCUAUCAUAAUUAUGGCUGUCCAGCUCACAACAUCGUUCUGUCAUAACUUACAUCUCACAGCAUCGUUUUUUCAUGACUUAUGUAAGAAGUUCAGGAUUGUGGGCAGUUCACUUUCUGUUUUGUUUUCCUUGGCAACAUUCAUUUUAUCUUUGAUAUACAACUCCAAAGAUAUUAUUAUUGGCCUUGUGAGUGUUGUGCUGGUGAUUAGUUCCAUAGAGUGGAUCAUUGCAAUGCUGCCUUUAGGACCAAGCCACGAGCUAAAUGAUCUCGUUGACUGUGCUCUUUGUGUGUGCUUUGUCUUCCAUCAAGUUUUCAUAUACAUUUUUCUCUAUGUCAGCAUCAACAGCUUGUUUGAGGAAUGGGGAGAAACUACGAGAGUGUUUUGGCUUCUGACUGUUCACACAGCCCUGACAAUAGUUUGGAAUAUUGUGCUCUGUGCCAAGAAGAAAACAUUACUACAGAAAAAAAGCGUUUCUGUCUUCGAUAAGGCCAAACAUAAUCAGCAUCAUAAAGGAAAGAAGGAGCAUCUCUCACCAAAAGGAGUGGUUGUUAUACUCUGCUCUGUUAUCCUCAUGGUUUUGAGCACAUCUCUGUCAGUGCUAAUCUUUGUUGACUAUUUCUGAAGCAGAGGAGUUAAUAUACUAUAAACUACCACUGAGACUUAUUCACACCCCUGAUAAAGAAGUGAAAAUAUAACUUUAAAUAAUUUAAAAGUUCUGUGACAGUGACUUUUUUAUUAUUGUUUCCUUUACUUUCUUGCUAUUUAUAAGUGGUGGCUGGACAAACUUGACUCCCUGUAUGGUUUUGUUUGGACACUUCAGGUUAUUUAAAAUAUUUUAUCAUUGCUUUGUAAUGACAAAAUAUGCGUUGUGGAGCAUGCAAGACCGACGAUGUCGAUCUUUUCACUUCUGAAGAUCAAUAUUAUCUGUAUUACUUAAAUGGCAUGCUCGUAUCGUUCCCUUUUUAUAGAGAGAUUAUGAGAAUUGAAAUACUGUUUAAUGUUUAAAGUCUCUGUUCAACUUGUAAAAGCAAAUUAUAAUUGGGAUUUUUUUUUCUCGCAAAAAAUCUGCAUGUUUAAAAGACUACAAAUAAAAUUUUUAGAUAUGUUAAAGUCAACUUUUACAACUUUUCCCACAUGUUCAAAUAAAUGUGGGCUGUGAAGAAUAUUGGAAACAAUCUAGCAUAUUUUCAUUCAAAAAUAUGAACAUAUACUCCCUUUUUUCCUCUUUUAAAGCUGUUCAUGAGUAGCUGCAUGCAAUAAAUAUCUCACUAAAUCACAUAUGGAAGAAAGUGGAGCGGCUAUCACAGCCAGAAGUAGCAAAGGGUGAGAUAAGAGUAAACUGAAGAGCAUGUGGUAAAACAGCUUUAUUGACUGUUCACUAGGUCAGCCUGUUGUUGAAACUUUGCACUUUAUUGCUUUGCUCAAAGCUUCCAAUAGUCAAAUGUUAUGAAGAAGGCUGACUACGAUCUUGCAUGCAGUUGCUGACGCCCUCCUUAAAAGGCCAUUGUUAAAGAAGCUUUCUGUUCACACAGUGCUGCAUCCAAUCAUAUUAAUAGAAAAGUUAAGUAGAAAGAAAAAUGUGCACAUAAAGUUAGUAUUUGUAAUUGUCAAUGUUUUUGCCAGUCUAAAUAAAUAAUCUUUCAGUAACAGUUGAGACCAGAACUUUACAUACACCAUUAUUCUCACUGCCUGAUGUUAAAUAAACCAGGCUUCUCUUCCACUAGGUCAAUUGGCAUUACCAAGAUUAUUUCUAUUUGUUAAAUGUCACAAUAAUGACAGAAAUCAUUUUCCAAAAUUAGAUGUUUACGCACAUUUCUUCAGUAUUUGGUAGGAUCCCCACUGAACUGUCAGGCUUAUUCCUCCUGGCAGAACUGAGUCUGGUUUCUAGGUCGCUUUGCUCACAAAUUCUCUAUAACAUUGAGAUCAGGGACUAACUUUGUUGUAGUUAAGCCACUUUGUAACUCACUUUGGCUAUGCUUAGGGUCAUUAUCCAGUUGUGUUGAGCUUUAACUUCAUGGCUGAUCUCUUCAGAUGUUCUUUUCGUCAUGUCAUCUAUUUUAUGAGGUUCACUAGAUAUUUACAUUUUUAUAAGUGUUGUGACUUUUAAGAAUUUCAAAGUCACAACUUUUAAAUGUUUUACUUUAAACCAGUUUAAGCUUUA